AUGGUCUUACUAGUAAUGUAUAAUCAGUCUAUUACUCUAUCCGUUUAUGGGAUGUAAUAAAAAGCAAAAUUGGAUGGUCAUACUAACUAUGUCUACUCAGUCUGUUUCUCUCCUGAUGGAAAUACAUUAGCUUCUGGUAGUCAUGAUUAGUCUAUCCGUCUAUGGGAUGUCAAAACAGGAUAAUAAAAAGCCAAAUUAGAUGGUCAUAGUAGUGCUAUUAUGUCAGUCUGUUUCUCUCCUGAUGGAAAUAUAUUAGCUUCUGGUAGUAAUGAUUAGUCUAUCCGUCUAUGGGAAAUCAAAAAAAAGUAUUGUUCAGAUUAUAGAUUUAAAGAAAUUUAGGUUAAAAAUAUAAGAUAUCCUUUUUUUAACACCCCUUUGCAGUAAAAGAAUAUUAUUUAAAAUUUAGAUUCAUCUAAUAUUAUGGUUUACCCAGACUUCAAUUUUUCAAGGUUUAAGAGAGUUUUUUUAUAAAAAACCGUUUCCUUUUAGGAGAAUUAUUGGAAUAAUUUCUUACCAUAACACUUGAUUAAUUUAAAAACUAACCUAUAUUAACCCUUAAUUUAACUCUAUUUUAAUAUACUUCUUGUGUUGAUAGAGUUCUAAUUUAUAGUUUUUUUCUUUUUUAACAAUCUUGA